UUUCCUUCUGUGUUCUGGGUUUGAAGACAUAUAAUUUAUGUUAUAUGCCUGUAAGUAUCCAAAGGCUUUGUGUAGCAGUCAAAUAUUGAUAUGGGUAAUAGUAUUUGAACUUGAUACGUUUUUUUGAGGUAUGCAAAUGUUUAUUUUGUUUGUUUCGUUAGGGGUGCCAUGGCUGCUGAUUUUGAUGUGGUGAACCUGUUUGUAAUUGCUGCUGCAACACUGGCUAUUCCUAUUGUGGCUUUUGGUGCAUCCUUUCUUCUUUGGCCCUCAGUACUCAUUAGAGUAUACCACUGGUACUGGAGACGGACUCUGGGCCUUCAGGUGCGCUACGCAGACUGCGGCGGCUACCGCUUCUGUUACUCCUGCAGGGGCAAGCCGGGAAUGAGGCCCUCUAUCCUCCUGCUGCAUAGUUUCUCUGCUCACAAAGACACCUGGCUCACCGUUGUCAAGUAUCUACCCAAACAUCUGCACAUCCUCUGUGUGGACAUGCCUGGGCAUGAGGGGACAACCAGAACCAAUAAAGACGAUUAUUCGAUUCAAGGACAGGCCAGACGGAUCCGUCAGUUCGUAGAGGCCAUCCGCUUGAACAGGAAGCCCUUUCAUUUGGUGGGAGCCUCGAUGGGGGGCAGUGUGGCGGGGGUCUAUGCAGCCUGCUAUCCCUUAGAUAUCUGUAGCAUGACACUAAUUUGUCCUGAUGGUAUAAAACAUUUAUCUGAGACCAAAUUCGACAACCAUCUACAAGACCUCCAGCACAACCAGUAUACACUAAGCAUCCCACUGAUUCCAACCACACCGGAGGAGAUGGAAGACAUGUUGAAACUCUGCUCCCAUGUUCGCUUCAAGAUCCCUCAGCAGAUUCUUCAAGGUCUGGUAGAUGUUCGGCUUCCGCACAAUGAAUUUUAUGAAGAAGUUUUCAUGGAACUCAUCAGCGAAAGAUCAAGAUAUGCCUUACAAGAGCACUUGCAUCUGAUUUUUACACCUCUACAAAUAAUAUGGGGCAAAAAGGACCAGGUGGUGGAUGUCUCUGGUGCUGCGAUCAUUGAAGAACAUAUACCUGGGUGCAGAGUGGACCUGCUGGAGAACUGUGGCCACUCGGUGGUAAUGGAAAAGCCCAGACAAACAGCAAAACUCAUAUUAGAGUUCAUCAUCGCAAAGCAAAAUACCACCAAGAAGUCAUCGUGAAACAUCAAAUAUAUAUCAAAUUAUUUUAUUUAAUUGCCAGAUUUAUAUUAGGCCUAGAUAAUGUAGGUCUACUUCCUAAUAGGUGUCAUUAUCUAUAAAGCCCUUUGUGUCUGGUUUAAAUUGAUCUGAAAAUAUUGAUAUUUCCAAUAAAAUAAAAGUUA